AUGGCACCAACAUGUUACAACUGUAAAGAAGCCCGAGCGGUAAUAAUCCGACCUAAAAACAGAAACAAACUCUGCCGCGCCUGCUUCCUCCAAAUAUUCGAAACCGAAGUCCACGAAACAAUCACCAGUUCCAAGCUUUUCUUCCGCGGCGAACGAGUAGCGAUCGGAGCCAGCGGCGGUAAAGACAGCACAGUACUAGCUGCCGUACUAAAAACCCUCAACGAGCGCUACGACUACGGUCUAGAUUUAUGUCUGUUGUCUAUCGAUGAGGGAAUCCGCGGCUAUCGCGACGACAGUCUCGAGACUGUCAAGCGCAAUGCGGUGCAGUAUGAAAUGCCACUUGAGAUUGUGGGGUACGGCGAGUUAUACGGGUGGACGAUGGACCAGGUUGUUGAACAGAUUGGCAAGAAAGGGAACUGCACAUACUGCGGCGUGUUUCGGCGACAGGCGCUUGAUCGAGGCGCAGCACGAUUGAACAUCCAGCAUGUUGUUACAGGCCACAAUGCGGAUGACGUUGCUGAGACUGUGAUGAUGAAUCUGCUGCGUGGUGACUUACCGCGUCUGUCUCGUGGAACAAGCAUUGUGACUGACUCUUCUGCGUCGGAUAUCAAGCGCAGCAAGCCGCUGAAGUAUGCGUAUGAGAAGGAAAUUGUCCUCUACGCCCAUCAUCGCCAGCUCGAUUAUUUCAGUACGGAAUGUAUCUACUCCCCCGAGGCAUUCCGGGGUAGCGCGCGCACGUUGAUUAAGGAUCUUGAGAAGAUCCGCCCUAGUUCAAUUUUGGAUAUUGUGAAGAGCGGCGAGGAUAUGGCUGUUCUUGUCCCUGGUGCUGUUAGGGACAGCGGGAAGAAAUGCCGCUCUGAUGCUGCUGAGGCAGAUGAUGCUGGUGGGUGUGGGAGUCAGAAUGGCCGGACGAGCGGUGGUGAAAUGGCCGCUAUGGAGAAAGAACUGGCUGAGAAUGAGACUGCUGAAGUGCGCGAGACGGAGAUCAAAUUACCUGGUCCGUCGAGGACACAGCGCAAGAUCAAGGUGCAGACUAUGGGACACUGUGAACGCUGUGGCUACAUGUCUAGUCAGCGCAUAUGCAAGGCGUGUACUCUGUUGGAUGGCUUGAAUCGGAAUCGGCCCAAGACUGCUAUUGAGGUCGGGAUUGAGGACGAGGAGGGAAGUUCUACACUGAUGAGGCAGAUGGAGCGAACUCAGUUGACAAAUAGCUGA